UUAAAGAUUCCCCCAAGACUGUGAAGGUUGUGUUUAGUCGUCAACAAGCCAAUACAGCAGUUGAGCCAAUAUCCGAUAAUAAUAGCCAACGUAUAGAAGUGCUUGUGUAUCAAGUAUUGAUCCUAGAUCAACAUUAACCAGCACAAUACUUCAUAAAAUAUACAAUAGGCAAAAAGUUUCUUGUUUUACAGCUCCUUAAUUCCUUAUUCAAAAUGGAUUUUAAAUGUUUGCCUGAAAGAUAUGAAGUUUUACAAACAAAAACUUAUUAAGCUUUAAAACCAGACUUUACACAGCACAAUUUGAGGAUUUUUUGGUGUGGAUUUUAUUUAAAGUGUUUAAACUGGAUACUCCGCCACCCCGGAUUAACCUAGAAAGCAACGGUGCCUUUUUUGCAGAUUUCGGAAUCAUGACUCAGGGAACACAUGAGGAGAGGUUUGAAGAGCGGAGGAAAAGACGGCCCAGUGCUUCCUCCCAAACUAGUGGAAACAGUGCAGGCAGUAUCGCCUCCGAAAAUGCUCUUCCCGUACCUUUCGGUAACCAACUCCUCAUUGCUUCGGCACCUCACUCUCGGGCAUCAUCAUUCAGAAAACCACGCCCUCCGUCCAAUGAACUUGAGGUCAUUGUACCUGCUUUUCGGCGAAACAGUGUGCCUAAUUGUGCCGUUAAUCUGUUAAAUGUGCCCGACCAAGAAGAAGAUGUGAAGGGAUCAGGCGGGCGCUUGCAGCGUGUCCGGUCCUUCAAAACGACGUCCAAGGGAGUCGUAAAUCGUGGAGAUUCCUUCAAAAAGAAAAGUUCACGAAGCCUCCGACUUAUGACAACAGGUGUGGACCACAGAGACCAAAGAGGGAGAUACCUUGCUCCCGAGCAAGAGGGGUCUAUUCAUUCACACAAUUCAAAUGCACCUAGUUACUAUUCGGUGAUUGUUCUUGGAGGAGCUGGUGUAGGCAAAUCAACUCUGACACGACAGUUCAUGACCUCGGAAUAUAUCGAUACAUCAGACACUGGCGGAGAUAGUGGAGUAAUGACAGUAUCUGUAUUGUUAAAUGGUGAAGAAUCGACACUUGAAUUCAUAGAUCCACCAGAUAAAAACAUUAGCAUUGAAGAGUUACAGCUAGACGCCUAUGUUGUUGUCUUCUCCAUAACAGAUAAAGCAUCGUUUGAUACUGCCACAAAUAUCACCAAAUAUCUCAGGGUGGAACUUGGAACAGACCGGGCGAUUUUACUUGUAGCCAAUAAAACAGAUCUAGUUCGGAAGAGAAAAGUAUCAGCUGAUGAUGCUCGUUUAUUGGCCACUGGGUAUGAUUGUAAAUACGCUGAAACAUCGGCAGCCUUGAACCACCAUCUUGAUGAACUGCUGGUCGGAAUCUUAAGUCAGAUCCGCCUUAAGCUCAGUAUUCCAGUUGAACCCGUUUAUCCCAUCAAGAGUCCCACAAAGGAAAAGAAGAAACACAAAGGUCCCUUUAGUAUCUUCGCUAAACUAUUCCAGCGUAAGACCAAAAAGGUGAACUAUACUUGUGAUAAUCUGUUCACUCUGUAAUAUAAAGGUGAUUGUAAUUAUUAGGUUGUAUUAACUUUUUGAUAGAAUUCGCUGAAGAUCUUCAAAUUUUCGUUUACAUUAAACAUCGUUUUGUCGAAAAAAAAUUUUCAUCAUUGCAGACAACUGUGUACUUCUUCUACACAGGUCUUCGCUUAUUUAGAUGUAAUUAUUUAGAUAGUUGGUAUUGUGAUUGGUAUCGUGGUGAUAUUUUAGCUUUAUACUUGUCCAUGCAAUAGAUUGAUAUUUUGAAAUGAUACUAAGAACAUGUAGAUCUGUUUGUAUGUGGUAGCUUAAAUGGAUAACUCAGUUCCGGAUAUUUAUUUUAGAAUAUUUUGUUUUAUGUCCAUUGCAGGAUUAUUCAUUUCAUAGCAUCCCAACAUGCGUUUUGGGUGAAUUAUUAUAAAUAGAAUUGAAAUGAAUUAUAUAUACUCUUCCGAAAAAGUAGGGGAUAUUCAGAAACAAUACAAAACUACGGAAAUGCACUGCUGUUUUUAUUAGAGGUAACCAGUGUAUGUUAACAACAGGCCAAUUGCCUACACAUGAACAUAAACAGUUCAUAUGGGCGGCUUAUCUGACGGCCCCAUUUCACUCGCAAAGAGAUACACUGUCAAAAGUGAAAAUGGACGUUUUUGAUUUUUGUCUUAAUCAUGAGUAAUUGCUCCACCAAGCCUCAGACAUUCAACAAUUCGUCGUGGCAUGCUCCUAAUCAACCGUCCAAUCACGAUUUGGGGCAAUCUGACCCACUCCUCUUGCAGUGCCACGGCCAAUUCUUGCAGUGUUGUCGGUUGACGUUGUCGCGACGUCUCCCGAUCAUGUCACAGACAUGCUCUAUGCGAGAAAGGUCAGGACUCAUGGUUGGCCAAGGCAUAUGGACAAUAUGAUUCCUCCCCACACCACAACAGACCCACGCCCGAAUCUGGCAUGCUGUCUGACGUUAACGUUAGCAUGACGCUCAUUUACACGCCUCCAAACGCGAGCUGAUCCUAUCGGUGAAAUCCAGAGUAAAUCUGGACUCGUCUGAGAACAUUACACGCGCCCAUCGACGAUUAUCCCAAUUUCUACGCUGCCUACACCAUUGACGCCUGUUUGCCAUGUGCUGGCCAGUUAAUGGAGGCACAACACGCGGUCGUCGCGCAUGCAAAUGGGCUGCAUGUAGCCGAUUUCUAAUCGUUUGGGGUCUAACUCGAAUUCCUGUAACUUGGUACAAGUUUACAGAAAGCUAACAACGUAGCUCUAAUCAAUGUUUGUUAAUGUCGUGAUUUUAAGUUAGGAGAGGGUGACCAGGCUCCGAGUUACCUAUUUAGGGUGUUUUCCGGUAUUCAGUGUGUUUAUAGAAAGUUUAUAGAAAGCUGAUUAGCCGUUUGUCCUCGAUUUCGCAGGAUCUUUUUACGAAUGUAUCGAUCCUGGGCUUGUGUAGUGGCUCUAGGACGACCUGAACGAGAUCUAUCAUCAACAUUGUGUGUUUGUUGGUACUAGUUCCACAGUCUGCUGAUCACAGACUGUGACACAUUAAGCAUGUUAGCUACUGCUCGCUGUGUAGAACACAUUUGAAGCAUGUCAAUUGCACGUAGACGUUCAUCAUGUUGAAGACGUCUCAUUGCAAAUUAAAGGUAACACACUAAAGCAAAGAUACACUAAACAGUAAAUCUUAUGCAAGAACCGAUAGGAAAGCACACAUAGAUAGGAUAAACCAGCACACGGCAGUUUUCAUCAACCCUUCUUGAAGUGUCAAAUUUGACUAUGAACCCCUCAGUGGUUCUGUUGGGGCGAUAAGUUCUUCAUCUGUGAACAUACUCUCAAAGCAUGUCAAGUGUCCAUGACUAUUUAUCAUAUCACAACCUGCAUAGGUAUUUGCAUUUCAAUAUCCCCUACUUUUAUUGAAGAGUAUAUAUGCACAUGUCUACAUAUUAUAUAUUUAUGUAUAUAAGUUAUAUAUUUAUUGUUUACGUGCUAUAUAACUUAUAUUAGUCAUCAUGCUAUUUAUAUAUACUUAUUUGCUGUUUUAUGUAACACAAGUCUGUUAUGAUAUAGUGGAGAUACAUUUAAAUCAAAUAGAAGUGCCAGAUUUAAGACGAGCAUUACGGAAUCUGUCCACCAAUUUUUUAAUCAUAAACCUGGCCCGAGGUAUCCAUGAUGUUCAAUGUACGAACUAUACACCUAGUAUGACUCGUCGGCAGAAUCUAAAGCCCAGCCGAUUUAAGUACCAAUUAAAUUAAUCAUUUAAAUAUUAUAGAAUAUAUAUUUUAUUUCGGUGUAACAAAUGACAUUCAAAUGAUUCUUUCUCAAUUUAUACACGCUUAGGGAAAAUAGCCUGCGUGAUUUAGCACUUUCGUAAUUUCUGGUGACUGAAAUAGAUGCCAAAUUCGCCACUUAUGUAAAGGAAAAAAGGGGGGAAAACGUAAUGGUAAUGGUUACGCUAUAAAAAUCGUGAUAACCUGCUAAGUAGAAAUCUACUUUUCAGCCAAAUGUCUGUUACGUAAGAAAUUAACUAGUGUAAUUUUAGUCUUUUAACACAAUGGUGGCCAUGUUUGUAAUAGGAUAAUUAACGUCAGAUCAAAGAAUCAAUGCAUUAUUAGCCGUGUAUCAUAUCGUAACUGUGUAAAAAACAAACCCCGAAUGUUUUAAUGUAUUAAAACUAGCUUAUUUAUUGCACCAUACGAUCUCUCAUCGCCGCUUGAGUUCUCUGUUCUAGUCUUUCUUGUAUUCUCUUUAUCUUCUCUUAUUGCGAACAGUUCGUUUUUGAUCGGAAACAGUCGUUCAUGGCUGCAACUUGACAAAACUCCCUUUAAAAAGUGGGCUUGAAAUGAUAGUUAAGAUAUAAUAUACUCUUCAAAAAAAGUAGGGGAUAUUUAGAAACAAUACAAAACUGUGGAAAUGCACUGCUGUUUUUAGUAGGUAACCAGUGUAUGUUAAUAACAGGUCAAUUGCCUGCACAUGAACAAAACAGUUCAUAUGGGCGGUUAAGUGAAAAUAGACGUUUUUGAUUUUUGUCUUAAUAAUGAGUAAUUGCUCCACCAAUCCUCAGACAUUCAGCAAUUCCUCGUGGCAUGCUCCUAAUCAACCGUCCAAUCACGAUUUGGGGCAAUCUGACCCACUCCUCUUGCAGUGCCACGGUCAAUUCUUGCAGUGUUGUCGGUUGACCUUGACGUCGACGAACACGUCUCCCGAUCAAAUUAAACGUAACACACUAAAGCAAAGAUACGCUAAACAGUAAAUCUUAUGCAUAUGUGAACAUACUCUCAAAGCAUGUCAAAUGCCCAUGACUAUUUAUCAUAUCGCAACCUGCAUAGGUAUUUGCAUUUCAAUAUCCCCCACUUUCUUUGAAGAGUAUAUAUAUAUAUAAGAAACAAAAUUUGUAGAUUUCAAUGGGCAGCACACACGCUGUAGACGCCAAAUAUACUUUUAUGUACAAUACUUUUAUCAAGAACUUUUAGUUGUAAUGCACUAUGUGUUAAAAUCUUGGUUAUUUUCAAUUUAAACACAUGUGUGUUUUGCGAUGGGAUUCUUUCUUCCGGGAGGUUAAGUAUUUACUAAAUACUGUUAUCUUUAUUAAUUAUGGAGCGCCGUUUGUAGCUUGCAAGGAGAAUUAAUAUACUUUCAAAUUACACUUAUAUAAUUAUUAAAGACUAUUGUUUUGAAAAAUUUAGUGUAAAAACAUGAAACCAAAUCAAUGAUAACAUUCUAGAAAAGCUAUUCCUCGUUGAUUUAAAAUCUGCUAAAAGGGACAUAAACAAUAUUAGUAAAGAUUUUUAUGUUUAUUAGUAUAAUCUGUUUGUUUUGCACAGAUCAAGAUAAAAAAGUUGAUAUAGUUUAAAAUAACCUACUAAUUGUGUGGUAUAAAGAGACGAUACACUUAGCACUGUUGAUUUUUUUUCUAUUCUGUUACACAGUAGCUUACACAUAUGUCAUUCUAUCAACUAUUUUAGUAACAAUUUUACAGCAAUUCGAUGCUGAUAAGGAUUUAAGGUGAAUAGAUUCUAAUUCUGAAAUGGCGAUAAACGACAAAAACGUGUAUCAGUGAUGGCAAAAUAGGAACCAUGACAUCACCAUUGGUUAAUGGUAUAUCAUAGCGAUAAAAAAUGUGGUGUGAAUGCCGCUGAUUUUCUAUCAUUGACGUCAUGAAAUCUACUGAUAAUGCUAUUAUGUCAUUAAAAUCGUGCGGAUAAGUGGCAACAGUUGUGAAUUCUAAUGGCACCACCCAAAAACCAAACGUUUAAUGAUGGAUAAAGAGAUAAGUCAUCAGUCUGAAACAAGAGAUUUAUGUUCAAAACCAUAAAAGCCAGGUGUUCGGGUUUUAGAUGCUGUGAUGAACAAACAAUAAAAAAAAUCAUUUGUCUGAUUAAUUUGUGCCUUGUUUGAAGUUAAAAAGAGGCGAAAAUAACCUGAAGUACAAUAUUAGCUCUGAUAUUUUAAAGCGACAAAUGACUGAUUUGACAAAAAUAAAUUAAAGAACAGUAACUGUUGUUUAUCUGUUUUCAACCAGGUCGUUGGUAGAUAAUUAUUUGAAAAGCCAGACAGCCAUAUUGCAUUGCGAGAUUUCUGUUUAAAUGUAUUGCUCUAUUGAAAGCUUUUAGUGGAAUUAGUUAUGUUGCUGCUUUUGGCUCCAACUAAUAAUUAUAUACUCGAAGACAUAAAUAAGCGCCAAUCACCAAUGUUAGUAAACUCGAGUAGUUUGCACUUAAUUCAAUUAUUGAAACAGAAUAAAAUACUUUACUGGUAGUAGGGGAAACAAGCCCAAUCAACAGAGAACUUAACUUUCAAGCAAGGUACAUUUUAGACAGAAUUAAACAUGAAUCCGUCUUAAAGAAAGCAAAUAAAUCACAUGCCAAUGAUCCACUUGCUAUUUGUUUGUCUACCUGACAAAAAACCUAUAGGAAUUCAGACAGAUGUAAUAGAUUUACUGUUAUAGCUGUUUUGGGAUUUUGUUUAAAUUGUCGUAGAUUAAAUGGAUUAGAGCCAUCUGUAGAAAGUACUAAAAUCUACACCUUAAGUCUUUUAUCUUGGGUACUGUGGAACUUGUUUUAAUUAUCUAUAGUCGGGUAUUCUGUUUUAUGUUAGAUUUGAUUAUGUUCAACAAAUUCACUCGGUCUAUUUAUUUUAAAAUAAUGAAUACUAUAAUUGAUUAUAUCAAAUAGUUUAUAAGAAAAACAUGUAAAGCUGAUUCAAAUGAAUCACUAGUGUAAUUCAGAUCGAGUAAACGUUUAGUAAUGUUGAUUUGUAUGUGUAUUUAAGCUUUACUUGUAUGGGCAAAUUAAGCAACACAUUACCGUUAACUUCCUUAGAUAUACUCGUAUAAAAAAUUAUAUAAAUUAUUAUAACCAUAUUAACUUAGCAUUCUUUCUGUUGAAAACGAAAUAAGGUUUAAAUUAUUAAUUUUCUGUUCCAACUCGGCUAGUAAAGACGGCUUUCAUUUGAAUAAUGAACACGUGCAAAUUUAAUAUCGUUAAGAUAAAAUUAAGCAAUUAUUGUAUAAAUGUAUUCACCUGACCCCAUGACCUGACCUAUUUUAUUUACAUUAUCAACUGAAACAUUUGAACUUUGAUAUUAAUUAAGAUUUACUGUAUUUGUUAAAAUAUUCAUCCAAUAUUUAUUUUAUAUUCAUAUAUAUGCAUUUGUACAUUUAACAAUCAUUGUCAUUAAAAAAAAAAUUAAAACAUAAUGGUUAUUUAUCAAUGUGUGCAAUAAAUGUAAUAUCAUUAUAGUAUUUAUCUUUAUUAAUACUUAUGACAUGUUAUUAACUGAUUAUUAUAUCAUGAUGUAUGACACGUCUUUUUAAUCGGAAUCGAUGUUUGUGUCAGAUUAUUUGUGAAAUUGUAAAGACAGUUAUUUUGUGCGAGAUCUGUAUUUAUUGUAAUAAGUUGGCGUGCAUCGAGUAUAUUCUAACAGGGGUUGCCGAGUUCAUGUAAAUACUGUUUAUAUAAUAAACAUCAUAAAUGAAUUGUAAAUAUUUUUGAUAAUAAAUAUCUUGUAUUUGA